GAUUCGAUUUUUUUUUAUCCUCCGUGUUCAUCGCAAUAUGUUCGUUGUUUAUAUUUGUAAGCACAUCUCUAUAGUCUCUUAUUUUUUAUCACGGACGUGAAUAGUUUUUCUAAUCCAAUAAUUUAAAUAAAUUUUCUUAACCGUUAAUCAUUGUUCAGAUAGUUAUACAGUGUAGAGAUUUAGUCAAUGGAUACUGACUACAGUGUCUUGACCCUUAGCGAUGAAUCUUGUCGUACCUGUUUACAAAACAUUGCUGACACAAACUCCCUCGACGACGCAGUAGAAUACGACAAUGAUACUUUUGUUUUGAAUAGCUUAUUUAUGCAACUCCUACGUGCUACUAAUGUCCAAACACCGGCUCGCAAUCAAUGUGGGGGUCAAACGUUACCAAAUCGCAUCUGUGCAGAUUGUACCCUUAAACUUCUAAGUGCUUAUGAUUAUAUUUGUUUAGUGGAACGGUCAGAAACUUUGUUAAGGCAAUAUCAAAAGUCGUUUCCUACAAAAGUAAAAACAGAUGGAGAAUCGUUUGUUAUUACUGAGUUGAAAAAUGACACAACGAGUACUGAUGAUAGUCAAAAUGUUGAAGCAUUAGAGACAGAAUAUCUACUCGACGACUAUAAUAAUGAGGAAGCUGUUGCAGAUGUAGACAAUGAAAGAGGUGAUGACGAGGUUUCUAUUGAAAACAAAAAUGAAACUUAUGUGGACGAUGAGCUUCAAUUUGUAAAAUUUGAAGCGGUAAACAUUGAAGAUGUUACAGAACAAGCAGAACCGGUUAACAACAAGAAGAGGCAUAAAAGAACAUCCCAAAAUACUGGUAUUGUUGGGAAAAAGCAAGCACGAUACGCAAUCGGAUCUCGCCUUGGAACAUUUGUCACAACCAAUUGGCGCAAGUGUCCCCAAUGUGAACGAGUUUUCGCAAGAAAUGUUACGUUGGAAAAGCAUAUACAAACAGCACAUACUAAUGUGCCAGCGGAGUGUAUUGCUGCUAUUGCGCCUAAACCUACUGAGGACAAGCCAAUACAAUGUGAUCAUUGUCCACGUAUUUUUGCCCGACACUUUGCCUUGGAGCGACACCUUAGAGCUAUGCACCCGGCGACCACAAUUCCAAAUGACGCUGAAUCGAAUACAAAUCCAACUGACAGUGCAAAAACAAAAAAAACUUACAAGCGUGGAAUAUGCCCCCACUGCGGUCGUAGCUUCGCUCAAGCAAGCUUAGUGAUACAUAUACGCCGACAUACAGGUGAAAAGCCAUACCAAUGUGAUGAAUGUCAAAAGGGUUUUCCUCGUCGCCAAGAUUUAGUCGUACAUAAGAGACAACAUACCGGCGAAAGGCCACAUGUAUGCACUAUUUGUGGAAAAUCGUUUACUAGGCCAAAUAAAUUAUCGAGACAUAUGCGUAUACAUACGGGACUACGACCGUAUAAAUGUUCGGAAUGUCAUAAAUCGUUCACACAAUCGAAUGACCUGCGUAUUCAUAUGCGUCGACAUACUGGAGAAAAACCUUAUAAAUGCAAUAUUUGCAACGAGGCUUUUAUAAGCGGUACGGCACUCAAAACUCACCGCAUGGCAAAUAACCAUGCUGCACCACCUGAUGCCGAAAACGAUCCAUACGCAAAAUGUCGAUUAAAUAAAGCAAUUAAAAUUGAUGCUUGCGACUGAUUUGUGAUUUGCAUUAUUGUAUUUUAUCGAACAGCUAUCGGAAGGCAAAAUAUUUUAUAAAUAAUUAAUACUACGGUUGCAUGUUAAGGCAACAAUAAAAAAAACGCUCUUGAAGUAUGUAACAUAAUACAAUAGUUGUGAAUUUUUUAUUGUACUUUAUGGAUUGUUUACGUUGGAUUGACAUUGUAUCGGCUAACUAGGCACUAAGUGGUUAAUUCCAGAAGACGAUUUGAGACUUGCGUUGUAACACUCGGAUUUUCCGUUGAUUGCGAUAUAAAUCAUCAACUUUUUGACGAAGCGCAAAUUAUUGGACAACCAUCUGAUUUAUUGGCUCAAAACUUUAAGAAUUUUAUAAAUAAUGUUUAAAACAAAAGAUUUAGUUUUGAAGCAUGAU